GUUGUUACAGUUCGAACAGCAGUUGGAAAACUUUUAAUGUGGUUCAGGGAAGAGAUAUAAAGUGCGGUGUUGAUCCACUUCUUGAUUUGCGGUUAGCUGACUAGCUCCACCGGUACACACACAUACUUAGAGCAGGAUUGGACGAACAUAACCUAUAGCGUGAACACAGCGAAACCUGUAUGACGCAUCUGUUGUGGGUGCUUACGUAUUGAAUCCGGGUGGUUGCGAGCUCUUCAGGCAUCGCAAUGAUGCUUUUAAAUUAUUUUUAUUAAUUACUUGUUUUCGGUGGCGAGAGAAACUUGAACUGAAUCCUUUAGCUAAUGCUAACAUAAUAUAAGGGGUUAGAUAAUACAACCGUUAACAGAAUCAAGUUUAACAUCUCCGUUCAUCGUGGGGUGUUUUUCAACAGUGCGAACCUAAAUAUAUAAGUUUGGAAGUUUGUUUUGGAAAUUUCAUUUGCGGUUUAUUUAAUACUGUUUUUACAUGAUGGGCAAAGCCUCGUCCUGGACGCAUCAAACAGAGGAGAUGAUGGGCUGUGAACCCAUUACUUGUUGCAUUUAAUUAUCUCAUGGAAUAACAUGAACAAAGUCAUACUUUUUGGACUAUGUAGGAACUUGACUAGGAAUCUACCCCCGUUUUUAUUGCAAUAAAACAGAAGCCGGACAUAUUCUGCUAUUUGAAACAGACUGUUUUUGAAAUGGACACUAUCAACCAAUAUCCUUUAGACUCUGCGUUUGCUGAACGAGAUCACAGGAUCAUUUACAGUUCAGAAAGAUCUGCGAGCUUUCAUGAACAUCAUGGUAGUAGUGAAGGAUGGACAAUGGUGGACGUGACCCUCUCUGGGGGAGCACCAUGGGGUUUUACCCUCAGAGGUGGACUGGAGCAUGGAGAACCUCUUCUCAUUACCAAGGUGGAAGAGGGCAGUAAGGCUGCGGUUGCAAGACUGCAGGCUGGAGAUGAACUCCUCAACAUCAACAACAUUUCUCUCACUGGCUACCGACAAGAGGCCAUCUGCCUAGUCAAGGGCUCCCACAAGACUCUCAGCCUGGUGGUGAAAAGGAGAAAUGAACCCAUGAGCAGACCUCACUCCUGGCAUGCAACCAAGUUCAACGAGAGUCACUCGGAAGCCAAAACACAGUCCACACCCUCAGCAGUCCGGCAAGCAAAAUAUGAUGCAAGUUCAUUCUCCUCUGACCUCUCUACUGACUGGGAGACAACAAAUCUAUGGAGAGUGUCCGAUCAGUUCAGUUCCUUGGGCAGUAUGGACAGCCUAGGGCACAGCUCUCAUCCCUAUCCACCAGGCCACCUUUCCCCGAGCAAGUCCAACAAUAAUAGCGUUGAACAUUUGGGUGGUGGUAAACGAGACUCUGCAUAUAGCUCCUUUUCUACCAGCUCAGGAACGCCAGAUUACACACUGUCCAAAAGUAACGCCGCAUCCACCGAGAACAUGCUGUACAAAAUUAAUCACUGGGACUCGAGUGGUAGGCACAGCAACGGCAGGCACAGCCGAAGCCUAAGUGAAGGUGUCCGACACGAUGAAAGGCCUGGAAACGUGCAUCAUCCCUCAAGUCCAGGAAGCUAUGAGAACCCAAGAACCGAAAAUCAGCCAGGCACUCGGCAUUCAAGCUCUGGAAGAGCUAAUAUUGGACCUGUCUGGCAUGUCCCAGAUAUGAAGAAAAACAUUGCAUCCUCUACCCCACCUCCUACUCCACCUACACGCAGUGAUAGUUUUGUGGCUACCAAGGUUCAUGAAAAGGGUUUGAUCACAGGCACCUUUGAAGGUCUUGGAGUUCAUGCUCAGGUAAAGCCUCUAGUGAAAGGACUACACAAGGUUGUAGAAACCCAUGACAGCACUCUUAAGGGUCGAAACGAUUAUAUCCUGCCAUCCAAAAACGAUUCCUCUAAUUCCUACAUUUCAGCCGAUACCCAUCAUCAGUAUCCCCAGCGUAUAUCCUCAGACAAGACAUACUCCCUAUCGACCACAGACAUCAGAGAUAGACUUCCAUCCUACACCCAUAUUCCAUAUCAUCCACGGCAAUACAGUGAUGAGAGCAAUUUCCAUGCUCAAACUAAGACUGUGCCGCCAAUAAAGCCUCCUUUCACUGGUUACUAUAGCAGUAUGCAAGAGCUACACACAAACAACCACAUGCAGCUAAACAGCCAGAUUCAGGGUAGUAGACCAGCUGCAUCUUUGUCCGGUCUAGCCACAGAUCCUGAAACAAGCAGUCAAAGCUAUUGUUAUGGAGUCACCUCCCACCAAACCCCCCAGGGAAUGUCCCAGGGUUCUUUAAUGAGAGCUGAUGACUCUAAAGCUUCUUCAGUGUCAGAAAUGUCACACGGUGGAAGGGACAGGAUGUCCGUAGGUUCUCAAGGAGGAACUAAAGAAAGGUAUUUUCCACCUCAGUCAUAUCACCAUGACCCAGAUCAUAAGAACAAUAAUGCCUGCUCCAAACUGAUUGACAACCACCAUCGCAUCAGCUCUAAUCCCUUGAAUAUGCCCAAUUCAGCAACCGCAAAACCUGAGCUGAGGGGGAGCCAGAAGCAGAACCAUAUGUCCAGCUCAGAUAUGCAUUCUGGUAGUUAUUCCCCCAGUAAGCAAACUGAGCACAGAAGUGCUGGCCAUCUCCAUUCUAAAGAGUACUCUAAACAACCCUUGCCAGCUACAAAUGAGUCAAAGAUAUGUCCCCAGAAAACACCUAUGCUGUAUUCUCUUGCCCAAGAAAACAAUGACAUGGAUGACUAUCAAGAUGAGUUGAACAGUGGAAGCGUUCAACAGGAAGCCCUUGACAGUCAAAGUGGCAAACAGGCGAGACGAAGUGAACGCUUUGCCACCACUUUGCGCAAUGAGAUCCAGAUGAGGAGGGCCCAGCUUCAGAAGAGUCAAAGUGCAUCCACUUUAGGUAGUCCUGUUGAAGCUGUAGAAGAGGCUGCUAUCUGGAAGUCCACUGGGAGUUCUUCUUCCUGUUCGGAUGGCUCAUUUUCCAAUUCUUAUAAAGACCAUCUAAAAGAAGCCCAGGCCAGAGUACUCCAGGCUACAUCCUUUAGGAGGAAAGACCUUGAGCCAGUGCUGUUCGAGCAUCCAGGUACUGAGGCCGCUACUUGGAGAGAGACACCUCCUCUUCCAAUCGUCUCAGAGAUCCCACCUGUUAAACCCAUCUCAGGUAGUAAUCAGAUGCUUCGCAUUGGAAGUCGAAAGAGGUUUUCUGCGGAAAAGAAAAUUCUGUCUUUUUCUGAGCCGGAUAAAAUUCAUGAAGUUGGAGCUGAUGAACGCUCCCCUUUGCCUGACAAUGCUGCACUCUUAGAAAAUCGUUCCAAAUUUUUUGAGGCGACAGGAAAACCAGCCUUCUCUAAACCCAUACCAAAACAAAACCUGCAGAUAUCUGAAUACUCCAGACUUUCCAGGCCUGGAGGCAUUCACCACCCUGCAAAGAGCAACACUGCUGGGCAGAAUAACAAUGGAAGCACAACCCCCAGCGAACAACACCUUAAUGAAGGUCAGGAUGGUCCUCAGUCAGUGAACCGAAAAGCCAUGCUAGAACGACAGAGACUUGGCACAUUUGCAGAGUAUGAAGCCAAAUGGAGCACCCAGAGGAACACAACUGAACCAAGAGUAUCUGGAAGAUACCAUUCUGCUGAUAACAUCCUUGAUACAGGAAUUGAAAAACGGAGUAAGCCCACCUGUGUGCACGAAAGAUCUAGAUCUUCCCCUUCUGCUGACUUCUAUGGUCAGAAAGUUCCAGUUCAAGAAAAGAGGUCAGCUGACUACUCCAGACCUGAGAGAAAUCUCUUCGAACAGGAUAAGAAUGAAACAGGGUUAAAUAAAAAAGGAUACAGUGAACUCAUUUACAAGGAGAAACCAGAAGCACCUCCUUCAGCUUUGACUAAAGACCUGGAGAAAAAGCCUUCAGAUCCUCCAGCCAGUCAUCAUAAAUCUGGACUACAUUUCUCUGACAAUAGCACUCGCAGUGAACCAUCAGCUCUUUCCAAAAAUAAGAGCUCUGUUCUCCAGGCACCUCUUUUGUCCCAUCUGGAUAAGUACAAAUGUCCUGAGGGCACACAUCCUUCUCUUGGAAAACUUUGGGAGGUCCAGCCUGGAUCACAAGGAGAAGUCUUGGCCUCACUCCCUCUUGCCAACAGUCAAAGCUCCAUCCCCGUCUCAGCCCCAGUUCCCUGGAAGGGCUUGGAGCAUAGCAAAAGGCCAAUCAGGGAGGAGGAGCUACAGCAAGAGCUUGUGCCUCCUCCCUUUCCACCUCCUUCCCCUCCGACUGCCCUGCCCACCCAACAAAACACUGGCCUGACCCAGCCCACCAUGGAGGGGCAGCAUUCGCUCUCACCCCAGUUCGCUCCCCAAAGGCUGACUGACAAGCCCCCUGUCUCUGUCUCCAUACAGGAUGAAGCUCCUGGGAGGAUGGAGAGGCUUAAAGAUGAGAACACAUCAGUGAAAAAAGUGCCCAUUAAGAUUGUCCACUCUGAGAGUGACACAGAAAAAGAAAGUCGACAAUACCUUGACUUGCCCAAUGAGACUCCACUCAGCUCUCAAGAAUCUGGAGUAACUCAUCUUCAGAGCUUGGGAAACCCUGAUCAGUCGUACUCUCUGUUCUGUACUUACACAAGGCAAAAGGACCAAGGACCUGAACCAAGAGACACAGUCAUGGGACUUCUGAAAGACCAGGAGCCACAAACCAAUAUUAACCCAGUAUCUCAUGUGGUACAUAGCCUGAAGACGGUCCCUUUAUCGGAUCAGAGCAGCAACGGAGUGUCUUCGCAUUCCUCCCGGGUAGCAGAUGAUGAAAAGAGACGGGAGCUGGCUAAAGACAUCAUGGACAAGGACAAAACCCUGGUGGAAAUUUUAGACCAGAGCAAGAUGAAAACCACCAUGGAUCUGAUGGAGGGGAUUUUCCCUCUUGGAGAGCAGCUACUGGAGGAGGCUCAACAACGCAGGAAGGCUGUACCUAAACAGCUCUCCCCUCGCAAUUCUGUGGAGAAGAAAGAGGAAGACAGCCCGGUGGCAGCCACUGCCUUAGUGACCAAUUCAACUUACUACAGUACAUCUGCACCUAAAGCAGAGCUGUUGAUUAAGAUGAAGGACAUGCAGGAUCAGAGCGUGGAGCACAUGUCAGAAGAGGAACUGGAAGAGGACAAUGAAAAUGAUCUCGCCAGCAAGAAGCAUGAGUUGAUUGACAGCCUCAGCAAGAAGUUGCAGGUGUUACGGGAGGCUCAGGAAAGUCUACAGGACGACGUGCAUGACAACAAUGCUCUUGGGGAGGAAGUGGAGGCCAUCGUACAACGUGUCUGCAAGCCCAAUGAACUAGAUAAGUUCCGUAUGUUUGUGGGAGACCUUGAUAAAGUGGUCAACCUUCUGCUGUCUCUGUCUGGACGCCUGGCCAGAGUAGAGAAUGCCCUCAACAGCCUGGAGGAUGAUGCUUCAAUGGAGGAAAGGCGCACAUUGACAGAGAAGCGUAAACUGCUCAUCCGUCAACAUGAGGAUGCAAAGGAGCUGAAGGAGAACCUCGACAGGAGAGAGCGUGUGGUUUACGAGAUCCUGGCCAGUUACCUGGCAGAGGAGAGCAUGGCUGACUAUGAGCACUUUGUAAAAAUGAAGUCAGCCCUCAUUAUUGAGCAACGCAAGCUUGAGGACAAGAUCAAACUCGGGGAGGAACAACUAAAGUGUCUGAUGGAUAGUCUCCCAAUGGAUCAGAGGACAGCCAACUGAGGACGUCAAACCUGGUCAUUGCAAUGAUCCAAAGCAUAUCUUCUGAUGCACCCUGAAUAACAGGCUUCCAAAGCAGUACUUAACAUGGUUUAUUUACUGCAAGUGGAAUCCCUGCCUCCCUCCAGACACUAUUUUGGCAAGACUCGUUAUGUUUUUAAAACCCUGACAGUGCUGGGCACUUUCAGAUUGUGAUUUGAGCAAACUUGAUUAUAUAGAGAAUAUUGUGGCUGUUACCUUUUUUAGAGCAGUCUUAGCUAACUGUUCUUAAAGGGAUAGCUCACCCAAAAAUGAAAAUUCUCUCAUCAUUUACUCACCCUCAUGCCAUUCCAGGUGUGAAUGACUUACUUUCUUCUGCAGAACACAAAUACAGAUUUUAAGAAGAAUAUUUCAGCUCUGUUGGUCCUCACAAUGCAAGUUAAUGGUGGCCAGAACUUUGAUGAUCCAAAAAGGACAUAAAGGCAGCAAAAAAGUAAUACAUAAGACUCCAGUGGUUAACUCUGUGUCCUCAGAUGUGAUAUGAUAGGUGUGGAGGAGAAACAGAUCAAUAUAAGUUCUUUUUUUUCCUGUAAAUCUUCACUUUCACUUCAGCCACCUACUGGUUGCGGCUGGUCAAAGGUGGAGUUUUAUAGUAAAAAAAAAAAAAGACUUAAAUAUUGAUCUGUUUCUCACCCACACAUAUCAGAUCGCAUCUGAGGACAUAGAUUUAACCACUGUAAUAUGGAUUACGUUUAUGAUGCCUUUAUGUGCUUUUUAUGUGCUGGUCACCAAUCACUUGCAUUGUGAGGACCGAAAAAACUGAGAUAUUCUUCUAAAAAACUUCAUUUGUUUUCUGCAGAAGAAAGAAAGUCAUACACAUCUGGGAUGGCAUGAAGGUAUGUAUAUGAUGAGAGAAUUUUCAAAUUUGGGUAAAAUAUCCCUUUAAGCUUUCAUAACCUUUCAAUGUUACACAACCCAUAAAAUUUUAUGAUGAAAUAAUCAUUUCACACUUUUCACUUUUUUCAGAACUAUUUAAAUACAGACUAUAGCACUGUUUUCACAAUGUACCUGUCUGUACAUGCUGUGUGUGCUCAUUGUGCUGUAGCUUUUUAACCACUAGAGGGCAAUGAAAGACACCUCCAUAAAGUGUCUUCUCUUAUACAAACACAAGCUAUUCAGACAAACACUCAAUCAGAGAAUUGCAAAAGCAUCUCUAUGCAGGUUGCAUUAAUUUUCCACCCAUGCUUGUCACAUGUAUGCUGUGAUGCCAUUUACAUCAGAAGGUUGAAUGAACUCCCAAUAAUUAAAUUUUGAUGGUGCAUUAUUUCAAAUGACAUGCCCAACUAUCCUGGUCAUGUUAAAAAUAAUUCAAUGUUAUUUUUAGUAAUUUAUUUUAGCCUUUUGAAUCUUUGUAUAUAACUAGAAUAGACUAGUAUUGUACCCUUUCACUUUAUUUUAGCCAAGCAAACUACCACACUUUUUAUAGAUGUAUUUCAACGUAAGAUGCAUUGUAACAUCAGAAUUAGGAUUGACUGUAAUUAUUCUUUUGUUUAAAGAAUCUGAGAGACUUGCCUAAACUAUGUAAUAUUAUAUCAUUAAGGAUUAAGUGCUUGUCUAUAAAAUACCUGCUGCCUUUUGCUCCAAGUCUCAUGUCUGUGUCAAGUCAUUUUAUUUGAAUUGUACAGCUCUUUUUACAACACAUCGUUUCAAAGCAGCUUUACAGAAAAUGAUGCUGUAACAGAAAAUGAUUCUGUAAUGUCUGUAAUGUCAUAUUACAAUGCAUUUGAAGUAAACGUAAAAUCAAAUUGACCCCAUUAACUUUCUAAAUACACAUUUCUGGUCUUAUUGUGUACGAUUCAUCAAUGCACAUUAUUCCAAAGAAAAAAAAUGUUUGUCUUCGAAUUUAUCAAAAUGUAGUAACUUUCUCCACCUCUGAAACAGCUUUCCUUUUCUUUGGAUGCCACCAAGCCCUCCUAUUUUUAUAACUCCUCCAACCAUCUUUCAUAUGCAGCCAACUUUUCAUGAUCAAAUCAAUUGCUGAUGGAUAAACUUGGGUUCAUUUCAGUUUUGCACUUCUGCAGUUUAUAUUACAAUGUGGCAAAAGCACUUUUCCAUAAAAGACACAUUGUGCAGAAUCAUAUGUACUACUGGAGUCACAGAAUUGGAUGUACUGUAGCUGUACUAUUAUUGGCUGAAUUUAUAAAAGUCCCAUCUGAUUGGCUAAAGAGGAUGUACUUAACAAAGUGCAUUUUUGAAAAUAUCUGUCAAAGUUUAAAAAGAUCCUCGCACACAUUUAAGGCGAUCCGCAAAUAUGUGACAAUGCGCACAUGCACA